GUGUAUAUAGCAGAGCUCUGCAUGCAGUUCUGAGUGGGACAUCUCUGAUUUAAUUGUCUCUCAUCAACAGUUUCAUAAAUAUUUCGAGUCGAUCUUCUCGAUGUAGCGUUAAUCUUCCCGACGUUGCCUAAUCAAAGAUUGUGAUAGAUCCAUGUCUUUGCUCAUUAAACGUACAUGAAGAUGAUGUUGCAGUAAUUGGCCAAUUACAAAGGGACGUUACAGAGGAGGAUAACUUUCAAGAAUCGACAGUGUCCAGUGAAAGUAUUUUGUUGCCGAAGCACUCUCAUUCAUCAUCAUGUUGCUUGUGGGGGACUGAUCUGGGGAGCUGUGCAUUGGCAUGAAAUUAUUGUGGAUAAAAUACCAAUACACCUGAAUUGAGUCACGUUCUUAUACAGAGGUAAUUCAUUUAUUGUUCAAACCUCUACCUCUUUCAGGAAGUGAAAAUAAAAAGGACUGCUGACUGUUGGUCAUGUGCCGUGGUGCAAAGUCCUUGUGGAAUAAGUAAAUAGAACUUAUACUUAUAGAAGACACCCCCAGGACCAAGCCAUCAUUCCAGCUCCAAACCUCUUGGAGACAUCAAGCUUAGAAAUCAUCGUCCACAAGUCUUGACGAAAUAGUUUUGAAAGAAACAAAAACAAAAUGGCUUCACCCACCCUCGAUUUACUCUGCUGCUCGUUCUUCGGCAUUGCCAAUUCAACAACAAACGAAUCGCUCAUCCACCCAACAGACAAACACCUUCAUAGAGUGAAGAAGUACUUCUACCUGUACAACUCAACCGUCAUUGUAAUGUCCGUCCUGAGUGUGGUCGGGACCCUGUACAUGCUGUUCCCGAGGAGGAGAGAUACUACCAACUUGGACAGUGUUAUUAGGCCUGGAUUGAUGGAGAUAAGACAGAGAUGGAUUCUCUUCUGGUUGUCCUUUGCAGAUAUCAUGGCUUGUAUAGGUCUGAUAGUACUUUCCAGUGAAUCCAUCAGUAUCUUAACAAAGUCAGGUGACAGCUUAAAAAACAAACUAUCCAGCAAGUCAUGGGAGUGGCUCUGUAUCCUAGCAACGGCCUGGAUUCAUUUUUUCUUCUUUGCUACGUACGUCUGGAUAACUUGUUACACAGUGGAUGUCUAUCUCUUCCUCCAGAAGACCGCAGUGUAAGCCAACAUCAGUUGAAAUUGAAAAAAUGACGUGUUUUUUUAGAAGGACAAUUCUUCCUGUUUCCUGUUUAAGGGUUUUAACCCAUUGACAGUGUAAGGCCCCAGGCCAACCAUCCUUGUGUAAAUGUAAUAUUAGUUUUGAUUAGGCAGG